AACGACUACCAACAACCUACACGUGCGUUUUGUUUUCGACAAGCUGAAUCGAAAGCGAAGUGUCGAAUAUUGUGUGUUUGCAUACCGCUCAAAGAUUUGAAACAAAUUUCCAGUGAUGUUACCUCUUUCAUUGUUGCGAACAGCAGUAAACCACCCAAUGUUGGUGGAGUUAAAGAAUGGAGAAACCUACAAUGGUCAUCUUGUCAGUUGUGAUAACUGGAUGAAUAUUAACUUAAGAGAAGUGAUCUGCACAUCCAGGGAUGGAGACAGGUUUUGGAGAAUGCCAGAGUGUUACAUCAGAGGUAGCACAAUCAAAUAUCUCCGAAUACCUGAUGAAGUGAUUGAUAUGGUAAAAGAGGAGGUCAUAAUGAAGUCUAAAGGUCGUGGAGAGGGCAGAGGUCGUGGAGGUCAGAGAGGACGGGGAGGUAGAGGGGCCUUCGGAGGCCGGGGAGGAGGAAGAGGGGGACGAGGUGGGCCUCCUCGGCAGGGCAAAGGUCGGGGAGACUAGGGAUUAGAGGUCACCAUCACCUUUUGCUAUGUUCAUCAUCAUCAUCAACUUUGUGUGUGAACAAUAACCAGGGAGCCAGGAUUCUCAGAGCUAGAGGAUGAGAUGAGCUGUGGUCAAGCAUGCUGUGGGUGAAGAACAGGUCACUGACUGUAUGAGAGCCAGAAUCUUGGAUGUCUCAAGACAAGAACAUGGUUCAAAGAAAGACUGCCUUUGGAAGGAUGAACUUUGUGUGGAAAUUUCUCUUUGAUGGUGCAGACAUUCUGGGUAGAAAGCAACAGGUGCAGGAUCGGGUGUUGGGUUUGUGGGAUGAGCAAGGGGUAGGGGGCUGUUGUUGUGCGUGAUCCAUGUAGCUUGUACCUGUAUAUUCCGCAAAUUGAACCCUACACCAGAAAAGUACCCAUGUACUCAUUUUUUUUUUGAAGAGAAUAUCAUUUGUUUUUUUUUGAAAGAAUGUUGCAGACAUUUUGUUUAGCAAUUAUUUAUUCCUUUUGCUCGGUGCAAAUGAGAUAUGUUUCAAAAAAAUAAGUUCAUAUGAAAACAAAACGGAAGUGAAUUACCACAAAGUAAUAUUGUAUACUUUAUGUUCUUUGAGUAUCUUUGUUCAAGAUUUCUAGGCAGCAUUCAAAGCAAAAGACUAGAAAUGAAGAAAUUGUGCAACUUUUGUGUUGAGGUAAUGUU